GUUCCCUACCGCGCUUCCGAACUCCACGCUGGGUGCUGCUGGCAGCCGCCGCUCUAACCAUGGCUGAGGUUCGCAGGUUCACCAAACGGCUCAGUAAACCGGGAACGGCUGCCGAGCUCCGUCAGAGUGCGUCCGAGGCUGUUCGGAACUCACUAGUGGCGGAAAAAGCAAAGAUUAUCGAGCCAUUGGAUUAUGAGAAUGUAAUUGAGCAACGGAAGGCACAGAUUCAAAGCGAUAGCCUGCGAGACCUUCUGCAGUUCCCAUCGGAUGAGGUCUCGAUCUCUACGAUUCCACACCAGAGAAGGACUGUCUACUCCACGCUGCCUUCGGAUGCUGAAAAACUGGCACAAAGUCUGUUGGUUAAAGAGUGCAUCAGGACCUAUAAUUCAGACUGGCUUGUGGUCAACUACAAAUAUGAAGCCUGUGCUGGGGAUUUCAGAUCAUUGCCGAGCAAAGUACACCAGCCAGAAAAGCUGCCAAUGCAGCUGUUUGAAGUUGAUGAAGACGCAGAUAAGGAGGAGGAUGGUGCAUCGAUCUGCUCCCAGAAAGGAGGGAACAUCAAGGAAGGAUGGCUGUAUAAAGCCCACAUGAACAGCACCAUUAGUGUUACAAUGAGGGUAUUUAAAAGAAGAUUCUGUUACCUGACCCAACUUCCCGAUGGCUCGUACAGUCUUUGUUUUUGCAAAGACGAGAAGGGGUUUAAGGAGUCCAAAGGAUCGAUUUUUUUGGAUUCUUGCAUUGAUGUUGUCCAGUGUUCCAAGAUGCGGCGUUAUGGCUUUGAACUUCGAAUGCAGGAGAAGUGCAGUUGUCACCUGGCUGCAGAAAGUGAGCAGGAAAUGGAAGAGUGGAUAUCGACUUUGAGAAAAGUCAUUCAGAGUAACUUCGAUGGCACGACGUCAGAGAGGAGGAAUGGCGAAUCGCCCGAGGGGGGACUGGACGAAGACUCCUACAGCCAAGGAAAAUCUGAGAGCAUGAUGGAGAGUUUGGAGAAAAGUAUGCACCCCGAGUUAAUGAAGUAUGCCCGAGAAUCGGACUACCACAACAAAGUCAGCCGAAAUGAAGGCAGAUGUAAACUGUUUGCAAUGGAUGCAGAGGCACAGAAGCUAGAUUUUUCAGGCAUUGAACCAGAUGUGAGGCCGUUUGAAGAAAGAUUUGGCAAGCGCUUUCUGGUAAAAUGCCACAACUUGACUUUUGCUCUCCAAGGUCUCGUCAGUGAGCAGGGAGGUGGAACACCAACAAAUGUUGAACCUUUCUUCAUGACCCUUGCACUGUUUGACACGAAUAAUAACUGCAAGAUCUCAGAGGAUUUCCAUGUCGACCUGAAUCCCUCAGCUGUGCGGCAGAUGUUACAGGGCAGCUCAGAGGAAACAGCUGGAAAUGGGAAGACAAGUGAGGACCUUCGUGCCUUUCAUGGUGGCUGCCUAAAGGGGGUGGAUGAGAAGCUUCUCCGUUACCCGAAACAGGGGAUCUUUUCAGUGACCGCCCCUCACCCAGACAUCUACCUAGUGGCCCGGGUGGAGAAGGUGCUGCAAGGGGGGAUUGCACAGUGUGCUGAGCCAUACAUUAAAAGUUCUGACACAAGCAAGGCUGCACAGAAAGUGCUUAAGGCUGCAAGGCAGUUCUGCAGCAGGCUGGGAGGGUACAAGAUGGCUUUCGCUUGGGCUGCAAGACCAGUGUUUAAAGAUACUGAAGGUUCUCUGGACACAAGUGGAAAGUUCUCACCUUUUUACAAGCAGGAUAGCAACAAGCUGUCUACUGAAGAUUUACUGAAAAUGCUGGCAGACUUCAAAAAGGCAGAGAAAAUAUCCAAACUUCAGGUGAUUCCAGGAAAUUUUGAUGUAACCCUUGAGUGUGUUCCUCCUGACAUUUCCAAUUGUGUAACUUCAUCCUACAUCCCUGUGAAGCCAUUUGAGGAAGCCAACUGUGACUGUGUGACGUUUGAAGUUGAAGAAUUUGUUCCAGAUAUCGCAAAGUACAUGUAUCCCUUCACAACCUUCAAGAACCACAUGUAUGUUUAUCCUAUUCAGCUAAAAUAUGACAACCAGAAAACUUUUGCAAAGGCGAGAAACAUUGCAGUACGUGUGGAGGUGAGGGAUUCUGAUGGAGAUAAAUCACACCCACUGAAGUGCAUCUAUGGGAAGCCAGGAGAUCCAAUAUUCACAUCCAAAACUUGUGCAACAGUUCUGCAUCAUCAGCAGAGUCCAGAGUUCUACAACGAGAUCAAGAUUGAGCUGCCUGUGCAUCUCCACGAGAAGCAUCACCUCUUGUUCACCUUCUAUCAUGUCAGCUGUGACAUAAACAGCAAAGGGACAACUAAAAAACGUGAAGCUGUCGAGUCGCAGGUUGGUUACGCUUGGCUGCCGUUGUUGAAAGAUGGUACAGUGGUUACAUCUGAGCAGCAGCUGCCAGUCUCUGCCAACCUUCCUUCUGGAUAUCUGGGCCGUCAUGAUCCUGAAAACAAGAAGCACACGGUUCCUGACAUUAAGUGGGUAGAUGGCGGGAAACCCUUACUGAAGGUUAAAAAUCACUUGGUAUCUACAAUUUACACUGAGGACCUGUAUCUGCACAAUUUCUUCCACCAUUGUCAGAUGAACCAAUCAGCAACACAGGAGAUCAGUGGUGACCUUGUGAAGUACUUGAAGUGUUUGCAUGCCAUGGAGACUUGCGUGAUGGUUAACUUCCUACCAACAAUCUUAAACCAACUGCUACAAAUCCUCACCAGAACUAACCAGAGUGAUGUGGCAGUGAAUUCUGUCAGGGUAAUGAUACAUAUUGUGUCAAAGUGUCACGAAGAGGGUUUGGACCACUUUUUGCGAUCGUACAUAAAGUAUGUUUUCAGAACGGACCAAUAUGUGACCUCAGGGAACAAGACAACACAUGAAGAGCUGGCAAAGUCCAUUAAUGUAAUCCUGAAACAGUCUGCAGAUUUUUUCACAAUAAACAAGUUGCUGAAGCAUUCGUGGUUUUUCUUUGACCUAUUGAUAAAGUCAAUGGUCCUGUACUUGAUCGAGAAGAAUAAAAUGAAGCUCCCCAGAACCCAGAGAUUCCCAGACUGCUAUCACCACACUGUGCAGUCGCUACUCCUUGCAAUUAUUCCUCAUGUUAGUUUGAGGUAUGGAGAAAUUCCAGAAGAAUGCAGGAAUGUAAACAUCAGCUGGGCUCAUUUUAUGAAGCGGAGUUUGACACUGAUGGACAGAGGGUUUAUCUUCAACCUAAUAAAUGACUACGUCAGCUGCUUCUCUCCCAAGGACCCAAAGGCAUUUAUUGAGUACAAGCUGGAUUUCCUGCAAAUCAUCUGCAACCAUGAGCACUUCAUCCCUCUGAACUUGCCGAUGUCCUUUGCGAAGACCAGGCUCCAGCGGAUCCAAGAUCUUCAACUGGAGUAUACGCUCACCGAUGACUUCUGUAGGCAUCACUUCCUGGUGGGGCUUCUGCUCAGAGAGCUCACCCUCGUUCUCAACGAGUCUCGGGACUUCCGACACAUGGCUAUUUCCAUCAUCAAGAGCCUGAUGAUGAAGCACACGUUUGAUGCCCGAUAUUCACACAAGAAUCAGCAAGCAAGAAUAGCUCUCCUGUACCUGCCACUGCUCAAAGUGAUGUUUGAAAAUGUACAGCGGCUCGUCGUAAAGGAUCCAUCUUCCAUCAGCAUGACCUUCUUGAAUGUUUGUGUUCGAGAUGACCUGGCAUUUAACAUCUCAUCAGCAGUUAAUGAAUCAGCUGCACGCAAAUCGGCCAUCUUCACUGACAAGGAGUUAGCACCUGCAGGUUAUGGCACGUCUUGUGGCCCAGUGUUGAAGCGUGAUGAUUCCAGAGGCUCCUUGAGCAAUGAGUUCAGUGUGUGUACGCCAGAGAGAGCUGAGGAAAGACGGAAUUCCAUUGACUUUAGUCAACAAAGAAGGAGCUCAACAGGGAGCAACGUAUCCCACUAUAGCAAGUUAGAUCAACAGGAAGUCAGAAGUCUCCUUAUGUGCUUCCUGCACAUCAUUAAAACAAUGUCAGAAGAUGCACUCUUGGCAUAUUGGAACAAGAUGUCCCCUCAAGAACUAAUGGAUUAUCUCACAAUUUUGGAGAUCUGCCUUUAUCAAUUCAGAUACGUGGGCCGGAGAUGUAUAGCAAGGAUUCAAGAGGGCUUGGGCUCCAAAUACUCUGCGGCUGACAGGAAAUCUCAGACCAUGCCAGCUCUCCGGAGUCGUGCAGGAGCAGUACAUGCCAGACUCCAGCAGAUCGGCCAUAUGGACAGCUCAUUUACCCUCAACCACAGUUUUGGAAUCAGUGAAGCGGAUAUUAGCCACCAGUCGUUGUUGGAAGGGAACCUGGCCACUGAAGUGUGUCUCACGGUGUUGGACUCCGUUUCCUGCUUCAUUCAGAACUUCAAGAACCAACUUAUCCAAGAUGACGGGCACAAUCCGCUGAUGAAGAAAGUGUUUGACAUCCUCCUCUUGCUGACCAAUGGGCAGUCUGAAACAGCCAUGAAACAUGCAUUUGCGUCCUUACGAGCGUUCAUUAACAAGUUCCCAUCAACAUUUUUUAAAGGAAGGGACAACAUCUGUGCCACAUUUUGCUAUGAAAUCUUAAAGGGCUGCAUGUCAAAGUUGAAUUCAACACGCAGUGAAGCCUCAGCAAUCCUCUACCUGCUGAUGCGGAGCAACUUUGAGUACACCAAGAGGAAGACCUUCCUGAGAACCCACCUGCAGAUCAUUAUCGCAGUGAGCCGACUAAUAGCUGAUGUCGUUUUUACUGGAGGCUCCAGGUUCCAAGACUCACUUGCUAUUAUCAAUAACUUUGCCAAUAGUGACAAGGCUCUGAAGACAACUGCUUUCCCAGGUGAGGUCAAAGACCUAACCAAGAGGAUUCGAACAGUCCUGAUGGCCACUGCCCAGAUGAAGGAACAUGAGAAAGACCCUGAGAUGCUGGUGGACCUUCAGUAUAGUUUAGCCAAGUCCUAUGCCAGCACGCCCGAGCUGAGGAAGACGUGGCUGGGCAGUAUGGCCAAAAUCCACCUGAAAAACGGCGAUUUCUCAGAGGCAGUGAUGUGUUACGUUCACGUGGCAGCCCUUGUCGCUGAAUACCUUUACAGGAAAAAGUUGUUUCCUAAAGGAUGCACAGCUUUCAAAGCCAUAACUCCCAAUGUUGAGGAAGAAGCAGCAACAAAAGAGGAUGCAGGAAUGCAGGACGUCCAUUACACUGAGGACGUCCUCGUGGAACUGUUAGAGAAGUGCGCAGACGGACUGUGGAAUGCAGAGCGGUAUGAGUUGAUGGCUGUCAUUUACAAGCUCAUCAUCCCUAUUUACGAAAAGCGGAGAGACUUUGAGAGGCUGGCUUUCUUGUACAACACGCUGAAUGAAGCUUAUAAGAAAAUAAUUCAAGUCCUCCACACUGGGCGCAGACUGCUGGGGACAUUUUUUCGAGUGGGCUUCUAUGGUCAGAGCUUUGAAGAGGAAGAUGGAAAGGAAUAUAUCUACAAGGAGCCCAAGCUGACUAGACUACCUGAAAUAUCUGAGAGACUCCUUAAGCUGUAUGGUGACAAGUUUGGAGCUGAGAAUGUGAAAAUCAUCCAAGAUUCCAACAAGGUAAAUGCAAAAACGCUCGACCAGAAAUUUGCAUACAUGCAGGUAACGUUUGUUGAACCAUAUUUCGAUGAGAAAGAGCUGCCAGAACGGAAGACCCACUUUGAGAGAAACCACAACAUCACACGGUUUGUCUUUGAAACGCCGUACACAUUAUCCGGGAAGAAGCAGGGAGGGGUCGAGGAGCAGUGCAAACGGCGAACAAUUCUGACAACAACACAUUCCUUCCCGUAUGUGAAGAAGCGGAUUGGAGUUGCACAUGAGCAGCAGGUCGAACUGAAGCCCAUUGACGUGGCCAUCGAUGAGAUGAAGGACAGGACUUCAGAGCUUCAAAAACUGUGCAACUCGAAUGGACUGGACAUGAUCCAACUUCAGCUCAAGCUCCAAGGCUGUGUUUCUGUGCAAGUAAAUGCAGGUCCAUUGGCCUACGCAAGAGCGUUCUUGGAUGACAGCAAGUCAGUCAAGCUUCCAACCAAGAAAGUGAAGCAAUUGAAGGAAAUAUUCCGGGAAUUUGUUACAGCCUGCAGUCUCGCCCUGGAUUUAAAUGAGCGGCUGAUUAAGGAGGAUCAACUGGAGUAUCACGAAGGGUUAAAGGCCAACUUUAAAGAUAUGGUGAAGGAGUUAUCAGAAAUCACCCAUGAACAGAUGCUGGCAGAAGAUGAACUGGUGACAUCCCAGCUGAGGAGCUCCCUGCAUGUUUUCAGUGCCAUUAGUGGUACAGCCAGAGGUCCCUCUGCCUUCCCCUCAACACUCUGACACCCACCGCCGAGCUGAGAUGGGGAGGCUGCCCAACCUUCACGGGUCCUUCCCCCACAGAAAGGAGAGCAGUGGCAGAUUGCUGGGGCACUGUUGAUUUUGGUUGAGGGGCUUUGCACUGCAGGGCCACAGACUCCUCCUGCGCUGGCUACUCCACAAACCGAUCACCACCUCUCCUGAAGGAAGCCCCUGCCGCAGACAGAUUCAGAAGAAAGUGCUGUGCUGUCCACACACCCAAGCCUUAUUUUACGGCGUGAUGCCCUGCACUCUGAAGAAAAUUAUCAGCAGGACUGUCUGCGCAGGAUGUGAGAUCCGCAGAACCGUGGAUUUGAAAACAAUUGACCAAUUUGGAAAGCUAAUCACAAACUGAAUGCUUCAAGGUGGCCAAUUCUUCUCCAAGUGUACAGUAUAAAAUAGAAAUAGUACCUCACCUCUGUGUGUCAAAUUGUCAUCUCAAACUGUCGUGUAUUUAAUUUGUAACUAUGAGUAGCAGCACACUGCAGUCCGUUGUGUACAAAAAUCCUUAAAUAUAUUCAUUGUUUUAUAU